CGUCUCUCUGUGGGGUCAAACGCGCAUAUGAUGCAGAUAAUGUGUGCUUAUAAAACAACGAGAGAUUCUAUUUGUUGCUAGUCCGUAAACACUAGAGGUGAAAGAGAAAACUGUUAUAAAUUAUAAUGACUUUCAGAGUACUUUGUCUUCUAAUGCUCGUAGCCGUGGCAUACGGGCUCCCAUACUACUACGGUGAAGAUCGUGAUCAUCAAGGGGGAGGUUCUUCUGGAUUUGGGAGGGGACAAGGAGGAAAUCAAGGAGGUUCUUCUGGAUUUGGGAGGGGACAAGGAGGAAAUCAAGGUGGAUACGGGGGUAGCUCCGGAGGUGGCUUCGGUAACCAAGGGGGAUUUGGACAGCAAGGCUCUUCAGGAUUGUCUUCAGACAGGGGCUUUGGUCAAGGCGGCCAGGGUGGUUUCGGCCAAGGUGGCCAGGGAGGUUUCGGCCAAGGUAGUCAAGGGGGCCGUGGUGGACACGAGGGCCGUAGACACCAAGGAGGAUACCAAGAAUUAGGAUACUAAGUAUAACGGAAUAAAUUGUUAACGCUUAA